AUGUUGGCUCAAGAUAUUAAAAAGAAUCAACUAUUAUUCAAAUCUCAAAAAUUUUGAUCAAAUUUUGAUAGGAUUAUAUGGUCUUUUAUUUUUUGCGUGUAUAAUUAUUUAUACUAUUGUACUUCCAUUUUAUAUUUUUUUGGUGAAAAUUAUUAUCAUCUACCCAAUUACAAAACACUUUUAUCGAAUGGUAAUAAUAUACUAUUUGAUAUUUAUUUCAACAUGUAUUUUCGCCUUGUUUUACUAUUAUUUACCGGACAGUGUGGUACUCACAACAUUAGUUUUGCAUGGGUUAUUCGUUUUUUUAUUUUUUUAAUUAUAUUCACUCAACAUAAUUACUCAAGUUUUUCACGUGCUUCUGUUUGUACUCGCAGUUGAACGGUUUUUUCUCUACUUUUUUCCAUCCAGUGAAAAACUAUUCAAAUCUUCGCAAAAUAUAAUCAAAUACUUGUAUUUUUUUAUAAUUGUAAAGGAAGUUUCAUGUGCCAUAUUCUCAUUUUGGAAGUAUCAGACUGUUCAAAAUACAUUCUGGUUUAAUUUUUUCCUUUGCAUAACGUGCUCUAUCAAUGAUGUUCUUGUAUUUCUCUCGGCUAUUUUAUAUAUUCCGAUUGUUAUAAGUAUUCGAAAGUUGGUGAAUUUACAGUCAGCUCAACAUUCCAAGCCGCAUAAAUAUAUUUUCUUGCAAACAAUGGUGGUUUUCACAUUCAAAUCGAUUCAAGUUCUCGCAUACCUCAUGACAAAUCAUAAUGGUAUUUCCUUAACUAGUUUAUUCAUUUGUGCUAUAGCAGUGUCAGACUAUAUCACCACACCGUUAAUUGUCCAAAUGUCAUAUCUCUCAUGCAAUAAGAGGAACAUGAAGCUUUUGCUCUCCUCGAUCAGUGCUCGGAAGUUGUUUAAUGUUCUGCUCAAUCUCCAACCGGGUGCCACCGUGCAUCCACGUUUAUCAGCAAAUUACUCUACACACAUGAUCUAA